AUGGUCGGUGUCCCUCGAAGCAAGGGGUGUCAGACAUGUCUACAGAGGAGGACAAAGUGUGAUGAGACCCGGCCCGCCUGUCGUAACUGUGUGAAGUAUGGUGUCGUGUGCCCAGGGUACGACCGCGAGCUCAAGUUUGUGGCCGGCAAGCAUGUUGUGAGGCCACGCGGGAGGCGGCAGCCAAGAGGUGGCGCCUCCUUGCCGAGUGCCGCAGACGCCAGGCGGUCUCGGCCGGGUACCGACGCUGCGAUCCCGGGCAGUCAGGAUGCUGUACCCGCAGAGCAGCCUCCUCAAGACGGCGCCGUGGUCGGAAGCCCGGCGCUUCCCAUUCGUGAGAGGAUCCAGUCGGUGCUUGGACGGGCCCGCUCCAUGCCCUAUACCCCGAGGCAUAACACGGCUCUCUUUGUGGGCACGUUGAUGGAUUCGCUGCGGCAUGCUCAGCCCAAGGAUGAGUCUGUUGCCUUCGGGACUUGGAUCUAUAGCGUAGCGGGUCGCGUAGACAAUUCAUCUGCCCUAGAUACCGCAAUAUGCACUUUCACGCUUCAUCUCCUUGGUAAAAUACACCAAGAUGAACAAGUCAUUGCACAGUCGCGGACGCUCUAUGGACAAUCCCUAUGGUGUCUGCAGAGAUCACUGAAUCAUCCACAAGAAUGGAGAACUCCUGAGACUCUAGGUGCUUCAAUGAUUCUCUGUCUCUUCGAGCUUUUUGCAGGAACGUCCGCGCCCAACAGCUGGAUGACCCACGCUACUGGAGUUGGCCGACUUAUACAGCUCAGGGGGCCCAGAGCCUACGAAGGGGAUUUUGAAAGAGAUUUUCUGCUCUCCUUCCGCCCCAUCAUCAUAAUGAAUGCUCUUUUCCUGGGCCAAGAUUGUUUCCUGGCAGAACGCCCUUGGCAAGCCGUCAUAGUCCACAAACCAAAAGUGAGUAGUAGAACGAUUGGCGGCUCAACGUUCGCCAGGGAUAGUCUCAGCAUUGUCGACCGGUAUUUCCAGCUGUUGGCUAAACUCCCUUCCAUUCUACGUCAUGGAUACGCGUUGCGGGAGGCUCGUCAGUGUGGAAUGCCAAUCGAUGUCACCAGAGCUAUAUUGCUCGCCCAAAGGGCUGAAGAAAUCCACAGUGACUUCCUAGUUUGGUAUCCUACAAUGCUGGCCAUGAACCCAGUCCCAAUUGAGGUACCUAGUACUGACCCCUUUUCUAUCUUCCCGACCGUCUUGCAGUUCACCCACCCUUGGUUUGGUUCGCUGCACAUGGGAUAUUGGGCAUCCAUGCUUGUCCUCCAAGAGACGUUAAAUGUCUGCGGGUACCACAUCAACUACACGGAAAGCAAUCGAAUCCUUAUGCUCAACAUCCUCAGGUCCAUCGAGACUGUCAGUAAGGGUUUCAUGGGUGCGUACCGAUGUGGCUACAGCAUCAGGAUUGCGGUGGAGUUUGCGGAUGACACUCAAAAGGCCUGGAUCGCCAUGUGGCUUCAUCGCUUGGAGAAGACUUAUGCAGCCACGAGUAUGAAAAGCUUUCCCCUCGGACUUGAGGAGGAAGGACACCACACUGGACCUUGA